GUUGUUAUCAAGUGUCAAUUGAAAAAAACCCAAAAAUUUACCAAACCACGAAAAAUCGUUUUAGACUUAAAAUUUUUUCAAAAAAAUUUCAUAGACAAAAAUUUUGAAUUGUUAUCUUUGAUUUUAUAAAAGCUUUUACCAACAGGUUUUGUUUUGUUGGUAGUCAUUGUUUUUGACACUUUAAAAACAACAGACGCGCCCUCUGUUACGGCUCAGAAGCCAAAGUUGUGUUUGCAUUAAAAAGUCUUCGGAAAAUCGUUAAAAAUCCGAGCCAUCUUUUAGUUUUAGCCUUUUUUAACCCCACGUUAGUGAUUUGCAGAUAUUUCACAAAUGGCAGAAGCGGAUAAAUUGAAUAUUGAUAGUAUUAUAGCUCGCUUACUAGAAGUGCGAGGAGCAAGACCUGGUAAAAAUGUACAAUUAACCGAAAAUGAAAUAAGAGGACUGUGCUUAAAGUCGAGAGAAAUAUUCCUUAGCCAGCCGAUUUUACUUGAACUGGAAGCCCCUUUAAAAAUAUGCGGCGACAUUCACGGACAGUACUAUGACUUGCUGCGUUUGUUCGAAUAUGGCGGUUUUCCGCCAGAAUCCAAUUACCUAUUCUUGGGCGACUACGUGGAUCGCGGUAAACAAUCUCUGGAAACGAUUUGCCUUCUGCUUGCGUACAAAAUAAAAUACCCUGAAAACUUCUUCCUGCUCAGAGGCAACCACGAAUGCGCGUCAAUCAAUCGUAUCUACGGAUUUUACGAUGAGUGCAAACGAAGGUAUAACAUAAAAUUGUGGAAAACAUUCACCGAUUGCUUUAACUGCCUGCCCGUCGCUGCCAUUGUCGACGAAAAGAUCUUCUGUUGCCAUGGCGGUUUGAGUCCUGAUCUGCAAUCGAUGGAACAAAUAAGAAGAAUCAUGAGACCCACUGAUGUGCCCGAUCAAGGUUUGUUGUGUGAUCUAUUGUGGUCCGAUCCGGAUAAGGAUCAGAUGGGCUGGGGCGAGAACGAUAGAGGUGUCAGUUUCACGUUCGGAGCCGAGGUGGUUGGUAAAUUCCUGCACAAACACGACUUUGAUUUAAUAUGCAGAGCCCAUCAAGUGGUUGAGGACGGUUACGAGUUCUUCGCCAAGAGGCAAUUGGUCACGUUGUUUAGCGCUCCGAAUUAUUGCGGUGAAUUCGAUAAUGCGGGAGCGAUGAUGUCUGUUGAUGAGACUCUCAUGUGUAGUUUUCAAAUUUUAAAGCCGGCAGACAAGAGGAAAUUCCAAUACAACAUGAAUACAGGCAGACCUGUAACGCCUCCGAGAGGUGCUACGAAUAAAAACAAGAAGAAGUGAAUUAAUAUAACGAUAAGAUUUAGGUUUAGUUGCAACGUAAAAUUUGCGACAUUUUAAAUACUAAAAUUUGAAAAUCUCCAUUAGAAUGUAUUCGAUUUUUUAAGGCUUUUUCGAACGUUGUUUUGGUUUUUUUAUGUUUUUAUUUUUAGUUUAAGUUAAUAAAGUCGAUCUAACUUGUUAUGAAUGUUAGUAUUUAAAAUGUUCAACUCAGGCCGUUUACUUUUGAUGUCAUUGAUAAACAAUAAUAAUCUAUUUAUGAAACUAGAUUAACUAAUUAGAAAGUCUUAUUUAAAAAAUUGGAAACGGCUUUACUAUUGAAAUUAAGAGCAUAUAUUUAUUUUUAUUUCGCGAUUGUUUCAAAUUUCCAUAAGAUUCUCUUUGACUUUGUAAAAAUAUAUUUUUAUAUAUGAUUAAUUCUGCCCAUUUUAGUUGCUCAUUUUCAGAUUCAUCAAAUAAAUACACAGGAUUCACAUGUCAUAACAACAUCUUUUAAUCGUUUUAUCCGUUUCUUUUUUUAUUGUAUUUAUAAAAAUAAAGUUUCAAUUUAAUGUGAAAUUAAAUCAUUUAAUUAAAAAAUUGUUUUGAU